UUAAAAGGAAUAUUACUGUCGGAUGUAUGUAUUCUAGAUUCCAAAAACGAGUCCUAUGACGGUUGUCAGAGGGUCGGAUUACGGAAAGUGGGGAAUAAUAUGUCGGUAAUUAUGUAAGUCAUUUGGCGUCAGAAUAACUCUGAAAAUAACCUGCCGACGACUCAAAUAUGACGCGUAAUUUUUAUAUCUAUCCGAUGACUCAAAAAUUGUCUACCGAGUGUUGGACUUCUCUUCGGGAUAUGAAAUAAAAAAUAUCUGCACAAUUAUUAGUCGUCUUUAGCAAUUUUUAUGACUGAAAUGUCAUGUCGGAGUUAAGUAACUUAAUAUCACAAUUUCUCAUCAUCAUCUUACAUAAAAUACUCUAUAAAUCAUUAAAUGUAUCUGAAAAAUAUAUGAAAUUGACCGUUUCCGAAAGAAAAUUGCUCAAUUUUCAUAAAAAUUACAAUCCCGAAUGAAAAUACUGAAAAAAACAUAAUUUGCAAUAAAUAAAAUCGGAAUUAAUUAUUUAAAUCUAAAAUUUAUUAUACUUGGCUCAGGAACUUGCUUCAAUGUGCUGAGUUAAUAUUUGGUAUGCAUUUUGGUUUAAAUAAAUACUUAAUAGAAAUAUUCAAUUAAUUUUAUACAUCGUGAUACAGUCCCUGAAUUCCGUUCGCCAUGACACGACAGAAAGCAUGAGCCGAGGUGUUUGGACAAUAUACAAUAAUUGUUAUAUUGAUUUUUAAUUCGUUUUAGAACGUUUCACACUGAAUUGAUUGAUCAGAAUUUCUCUAAAAAGUUAUUUAAUAUAGAACUCCAAUCUUUUCUAUUGAGUGUAGAAAGAAUAAGCUCUAGACGAUAGCAGAAAACAAGAAAUUGUGUAUAUUGUACAAAGACCUUGAGCGAAAGUUGUGGACGUCAAAUUCAUAGUCACUGACAUUAGCGCUUUGUCGUCAGAAGGAAUCAUGCCGUUCAUUAUUGUUAAAACAAUUGAGGACAAUCUUCCAUACAUCACGGCUUGCCCAGACACCUGGGAAGACCGUGGUACGUUGUACUGGCCACGAGAAUGUCUGAACAUCGAAAAGUUGCGGAGCAACGAAAAAAUGAAGCCUCAAAAAUCAUGGAUGAGGCUAAAUUGCGAGGUGAAAAAGAGGAACAUUGCCACUUACGGGGAGGCAAUUAAGUAUGAAAUUGCCCUGAGCAAUGUUGAAACGGACAGUGAGCAGGAAGUCCUUCAAGACCGGAAGGGAAGACAGCAUACCAAAGUCUACCCUGUUAGUUCACAAGGUAUACAUCAAAACUCGCAGGAUUUUAAUUACUUGCUUACAAUACCUGAGGAACGUCACGAUAAGCAUUCUCCAGAAAGACAAAAUCGUUACCAGAUGAUGAUUGCAAGUACCGCAAGUGAUCUUGGUCCUGCCGUGACUCCAACUCAAAUUGCAAGAGAAGACCCUGUUCAGGUAUGUGCAGAAGGAAUAGACGAGGCAAUUUCUGUCCAAGAGUUACCGCGUCUUCAAUGUGAAAAUUGUUUGGUCCUUUCCAAUGAGAUAAAUAAUAUGAAAGCAAAGUACGAUCUGCUGUCCCUUCUUCCGGGAAUAAACGUGAAGUUAGACAGGAUAUUGGAGCAGCAGGAGAGAAAUGAUUGUACCACAACAGCAACUAUGCGCAAGAAGGGAGCAUCUAAGAUAAAUAUCUUUCCAAUUGCAAGUAUUGAAGUUUUCGACGAUUUUGAGACAAAACUUUCUGAUGAGUCGUACAGAGAGCAAUUCAUUUACCAGAUGUCCUCCAUCGGAGGCACUUCAGGCAAUCGAGAUGGGAUUAAAAUUGCGUAUCGAUUGGUUGAUGAAAUUUUCACAAGGGAGUUGUUGAAAUAUUAUUCUUGGACAGGCACAAAAACUAAAUAUGAAAAGAAGCAGUUCUCUGCCUAUAAUCGCUUCCUCCAGGCAUUUUAUGACAUUGUCAAACUUGCUGACGACAAAUAUUCUACCACAGAAAACGAAAAAUUCUUCAAAGAGAAAAUUCUGAAACACAGUUUGGCCAGAUCCAAGCAGAAGAAUAAGUAAAAUGUAUUUAAAGCAACACAAUCACCAUAAUAUCUCUUACAUUGAUGAAGUGCAGAUAAAUGAAUUAGCGAAAAACUCAACGUCUGUUACAAAAAUUUAUUUCUUCACUUAAAAGCUAGUUAAUAUAAGUAUGCAAGAGAGGAAAAAAAAUUAUUUCAUUUCCAUCCUGAAUUGAAAAGAGCUUGCAUUUCAAAUCCUGAAUUUUGUACAAACUUUGUUUUUCAUGAAUUAUAUAUUUAGUGGAAUAAAUAUUUAAGAAAGAUGAUUUUAUUGGCUUUUCAAAAUAAUCUACGCAUCUUCCAAUCUCUGUACCAUAAAUAUAAACCUCUCCAUUGUUCUUAGUUGCAUUUAUCAUCUCAACAAUUUUGUUGCGCUUUGUUAAGAACCAUUUGUUUUUUGAGUCGUUCUUUAAACAGAAAUCGUGAGUUACAAGAACGCAGCUGAAUGAUCCAUCACAUUCCGAAAGCUCGUGAUCCUCAGAUGUUUUUCCUUUUAGCAGUGGAUAAGUCAGUUCUUGUACGAUUACAUUUUGUUGCUGAGACUUUUCAGUUACUCUCCUUGCUGCUUGUGCCAGUGGCCUGUUUCCACUCCUUAUUGUUCGCUUAAUUUGAUGAAGAUAAUUCUCAAAUGGAUAGGAUGAUAUCUUAUCCAAUGAGCCAUGAUGUCUAACAUCAUCUACGAGAUGAGUAAGGCCAUGUAGGUUGCUUCCAAUUGAAUCUAUUCCAUAAAGGUUUAUAUAAGUCUCAAUAAAUUCGUUAAAUAAUACUUCUGCAACACCAAGCAUACUUUUGUAAUGAUCUGAGGUACAGAUCGUUACUGCACAGAAGAGUAACAUAAAGUUAAAGUACCCAUCGUUUGGCAAAAGCUUCCGUAAAAUCACCGGACCCAUAUACAAAAUAAAUGUACGGAAUUCGGUUCCUUUCCAAUUUUUAAGAUGUGUGAGAGGUCUAGCGCGUCUGUGAAUUUCGGAUGGCAUUGUAGAGUUUAUUCGCUGUAGAAAGGCAGACAUCGUUUGAAUAUCUCUACCUGAAAACUUUGUGUUGUAAUUCGUAUUCGUGAACACCCAAGUGAACAACAUUUUCUUCAUUACACCUAAAUCGAUUAGAUGAAGUGAAUCGGCAAUGGGAAAAUCUCGCACCAUAUCAAUUUUAAUACGUUCAAAUUCUGAUGUUUCUCUAUGAUGAUUAUCAUCCCUUUUUGCACGGAAACUUUCAUCUGUCCUUUUCCGGACAUUAGAUCUGACAAAUGACAUGUGCCUUUCUUGCUUGUAGUAAAUUCCCUCAAUUUCACAUUUGCCACAGCCAUGUGAAUGAUUGAAAUACACUGUCCCUGAAAAUUGUCAAUUCACAGGAAAAUACAUUAAAUAAUAUAAUAAGAAAACGAAUUAUACAAAAUAUGAACACUAAGUAGCACAAUAAGAAA